AUGGCUUCAAAGAAAUCAAAACCAGCUCCAACCGAUGAUGAGUUGAAUGAACUCUUGGAAGGUAUUGAUGAAGUUAAAGUUAAAGCACCUUCUUCCAAGGGAGCUUCAAAAUCACAUAAAACAAAACAACCAUCUCAAUCAGAACAGGAUCUACUUGCGGAACUUGAAAAUCUUGGAGCUCAGCAACCAAGUAGACCACAUACACCACGAAUCCAACAAGUGAAGCGUUCGAAUACAGCAACCCCUCCUCCAGCUUCCCGCAGAAGUGAGGACAUAUCAAGCGAGGAGAAACCUACUCUUCCUCGAAAGUCUGUUGACAGUACUCGGUCAUUUCAUACUAGUUUUACCCCCUCAGCAACUAGUAGCGAUCUUCAAGAAGCUGAAAAGAAAGCUCCAGUUGCUCAACCUGCUGCUGAAACUCCGUCAGCGGGUGGGGGAUGGUCAUGGGGAAGUGUCUUCGCAACAGCAACAGCUACAGCUAGUGCAGCUGUCAAUCAAGCUCAAGCUGCAGUUAAAGAAAUUCAACAGAAUGAGGAAGCAAAACGAUGGGCGGAACAAGUUAAGGGAAACGUUGGGGUUCUUAGAGGUUUUGGUGGUGAGUUGAGAUCGAGAGCUCUUCCGACGUUUACAAAUAUUCUACAUACUCUCGCACCACCUAUUUCAUCCCACGAACGACUUCAAAUUCACAUCACCCAUGAUUUUAUCGGUUAUCCUUCUCUCGAACCUCUCAUCUAUUCUACAUUUUCUCGUGUAAUGGCUCAAGUUGAAGGAGGAGAUCUACUUGUCAUCCAACGUGGUCACGAAUCAACAGCACGUCGCGCAUCCGAAGCUGGUUAUACUGGAGGCAAUGCAGGAUGGAGCGAUGGACCAUGGUGGCGCGUAGGAACUGACAAUCGCGAUAUUGGCUCUGUGAAAGGACUCGUUGAAGGAACGAAACUCGUCCGCGUGAGCGCAGAAGCUUAUUCGAAAGAGUAUUUCGAUGCCCAUGGUGGAUUAGAACUCGCGGCUCAGCGAGCCACCGAAGAUCUUAGCGAGUCAAACCCAGUUCGCAGUAGCGAUAUCUUCAUGGCCGUACAAGCAAUUACCCAUGAAGCACCAGUCGAUUUGUUCCAAGGAGGUCCGGUAACAGAGAAGGAAGGAGGUGUUGUUGACGAUAAACCGAUACCUGAUGAAUUAAUCUCUUUCGCUAUUUAUCUCCACGAUCCAGUCCACACCAUAACGUUCUCUACACUUACCCAAUCUAUUCCUGCAAAGUGGAUUGAAUGGCUUGAUGCUCCAGCUCCACUGACUCCUGUAUCCGCAUCUUCACCAUCAAAAGAAAAGUCCGGUUUCUUCGGUGCCGAAUCGGAGGGUGCGCAUACAGGAUUACCCGAAGAGAUUCAACAAAUUAUAGAAAGUGGAGGAGUGGAUCCGCGCGAAUGGGUUGCGGAAUGGGUGGAGGAGACACUGAGUUUGGGAGUGGGGGUUGUAGCACAAAGAUAUGUGGCAAGGAGGAUGGGAGUUGGUGAAGGUGGUAUUGGAAAGGGAAAGGCUAGGAUGGAGGAGGUGCUUGGCGAUGGAGGUGGAGAGGCAGCAAGAGCGGGGUUGAUUUGA